AUGGGCAGCACCGAUGGGUUCCAGUACCGCGCGCUCUACCCCUACCGCAAGGAGCGCGAGGAGGACAUUGAUCUGCUGCCCGGGGACAUCCUGGUGGUGAGCAAGGGGGCCCUGCAAGCCUUGGGCUUCAAAGACGGGGAUGAGCAGACCCCCAACCAGAUCGGGUGGAUCCUGGGCGUCAAUGAGCGGACCAAGCAGAAGGGUGACUUUCCCGGCACGUACGUGGAGUACGUGGGGCCUGUGAAGAUCUCCGUCCCUUCUCACCGGCCCCGAGUGCAGAGACCCCUGCCCGCAACGCCGGGGGCCAGCGGCUGCCGGCUGCAGGAGGCUCUGGAGCAAGGCCCUGUGGCAUGGGCUCAGCACGCUCCGGGUGCUGUGAGAUGGCAAAAAGGGGCGAUGGCCACGCUUUGCCCGCCUUUGCUCUUUGCGUGCCAUGCAGAAGACCUCCUGGCAGGCCCAGAGCUGAGCCCUGACUUCUCCAUGCUGUUUCUGGAGACGCUUCUGCAGACGAAGGAGCUGGAGCCGGAGCAGUUGCCUCCAGCUUUGCCUCCAAAACCGCCGAAGCCAAAGCCCAGUGCCGCCAGCCUGGCCAACGGGAACAGCGUGCCCUUGCAAGACGCCGAGUGGUAUUGGGGUGACAUUUCCCGGGAGGAGGUGAACGAGAAGCUACGGGACACGCCGGAUGGUACCUUCUUGGUGCGAGAUGCCUCCAGCAAGAUCCAGGGCGAGUACACGCUCACGCUCAGGAAGGGAGGCAAUAACAAGCUGAUCAAGAUCUUCCACCGGGAGGGGAAGUACGGCUUUUCAGAGGCCCUGACGUUCGGAGGGCUCAUCACCCAUUACCGGCACGAGUCGCUCGCCCAGUACAACGCCAAGCUGGACACCAGGCUGCUCUACCCCAUCUCCAAGUACCAGCAGGACCAAGUGGUGAAAGAGGACAGCGUGGAGGCCGUCGGGGAGCAGCUGAAGGUCUAUCACCAGCAGUACCAGGACAAGAGCUGGGAGUACGACCUGCUCUACGAGGAGUACACGCGCACGUCCCAGGAGCUGCAGAUGAAGAGGACGGCAAUCGAGGCCUUCAACGAGACGAUCAAGAUCUUUGAGGAGCAGUGUCAGACGCAGGAGAAAUGCAGCAAGGAGUACAUCGAGCGCUUCCGACGGGAGGGCAAUGAGAAGGAGGUGCAACGGAUCCUCAUGAACUCGGAGAAGCUCAAGUCUCGCAUCACGGAGAUCCACGACAGCAAGAUGAAGCUGGAGCAGGACCUGAAGAAACAAGCCUCGGAGAACCGGGAGAUCGACAAGCGCAUGAACAGCCUGAAGCCAGACCUCAUGCAGCUGCGCAAACUGCGGGACCAGUAUUUGGUGUACGUAACGCCUGCCCCCGCACAGGGCUGGGAGCGGGGCCCGGCUGCCCCCCACCAGUACUCCAUGAUGGACGACGAGGAGGAGCUGCCCCACCACGAGGAGCGAACGUGGUACGUGGGGAAGAUCAACCGCUUGCAGGCGGAAGAGAUGCUGUGCGGCAAGCGGGACGGCACCUUCCUGAUCCGCGAGAGCAGCCAGAAGGGAUGCUACGCCUGCUCCGUGGUGGUGGACGGUGACACCAAGCACUGCGUGAUCUACAAAACGGCGACCGGCUACGGCUUCGCUGAACCCUACAACCUCUACGCCUCCCUCAAGGACCUGGUCUUGCACUACAAGCACACGUCGCUGGUGCAGCACAAUGACUCGCUGAACGUCACGCUGGCUCACCCGGUCCUGUCCCAGCCCCCGGCCAGAUGAGCAGCCCGUGCGCCACGCGACAGCUGCCUUCAGCUUCUCCCCAGGGCGCUGCUUUCUGGCUCUGGACUCUCGCACCCUGUAUAGUUGAGUCUCCGUGCUCCUGCCCCUCCAGAGCCUCUGAGAUGUCUGUGACCGUUCCCGGUGUCCCUUUUGGUCAGUAGCUGAAACCCGUGUUGGCUGAUGGGACAGAAAGGCUGGGCUGUUGACUCCCAGUGGGCUCCAGCCUCGAGGAGAUGGGCUCCAGUUGUGAUUGAAUUGCUGUGGGCGAGUGCAGCCCCCCUCCCUUUCCCCGAUAAGCAGGUCUGAUCCUCGUCUCGCUGGCAGGCUGCCCCGCUGCUCGUCACUGUAGAGCUAGGUUCCCGAUUCCUCGGUGCGCUACGGCGUCGGUCACCGUCCCGGCCGAGC